AUGAUCCAUGGUAUGAUACACUAUGAGCCACAAUUAAUUUCAAAUUUACAAUAUUAUCGCCAAGCUAUAAUUGAUGCAUUCAAACGUAAUUAUCCAGAAAAACUAUUUUAUUUUAAUGAAAGUAUUUUUAGUCGCAAAUUAUUAUUAAAUCAAGGAAUACACGUGGGAAAACAAGUGUCUUCUACAAAUUAUGUUGACGAGAUGAAACAUUUGAACUUAACUACAAAAAGAAAAUUCUUGUAUCAUGAUGAAUUAGCCAUCAAACAUACCAAAUAUAAAACUUUAUCAUCCACAAAAUCUCAUAAAUUCGUCGAUUGUUGUGUUUCAUUUGUAUUUGGACGACAAAUUAAAUUAGGACUUAUUAGAGCAAUUGUAACCGAUCCAAAUGAUAAUGAAAAAAUAUUUGUUUUAUUGGAAGAUCUUAUUGAUGAACUCGCAAGACAUCAUUUAUUACAAUUUAAAACGAAUAAUACAACAUUUUUAACAAUUCCGAAUAUUUAUAUUCGAAAACGUUCUUCGUGGCUUAUUCUUAGAUCGUCAUCGCAUAUUUUACAUAAACAUUCGUACAGAUUUCUUAAUGAUGAAGAAACUAUUAAAAUAAUCGAAUAUUCAAAUCUUAAAGGGAGCAGUUGA